AUUAUGGUUGUUGAAAACAGAAAAUACAAGGCAGAAUAAGGCUACGGCGUACAACAUUAUUUCAGGACAAGCCUCGUGCCGGGCUCUUGGUAGCGCAAGUUACAGAAUUUUUGGUUAUUUUCAUUUUUCCGCAAAUAAGAAAAAUUAUACUGUGAAAAAAGUGGGUUAAACUCUAAUUUUGUUUUCUCCGAAUAUGUGUAAAAUGAAGGGAGAAAAAUGGCUGCCAAUGAGCAAUUGCCUACAACAACAACAGGCUCAGAAAACUGUGCCAGGAACGUGAGUGGCAUAGGAGUCACGGGGAAGGAGAGUGAUGGUGUGAGGGUGCUGGAGGAGUACAUGGUGCAGCUGGUGCCUCACAACCCCACCUGGCUACCCACACCGCCGUCCUGGGCCACCAACAUGGCCCUCCCGCACGAGGACCUGCUGGCCAAAAUUCAGGCGUGGAGAGAAGAAGUGUCCUGGGAGACAACUUUACCGGAAGUGGAGGCGCGUGGGGGCGUGAGUGGCGCCCUGAAGGUGGGCGUGAGUGAAGUGUACGGGCGGCACUUGGUGGCUCGGAGGGGCGUGAGGCCAGGGGAGGUGCUACUGGUGGAGCCGCCGCUGGUGCUGGCCCUGAGAGCCAAGUCUCCACCAUACUGCCUCUCGUGCUUCAGGCGCGCCGGGGAAUUCACCUGUCCCGACUGUGGCUUCUUCCUGUGUGGCGCUCAGUGUCUGACGGAGGAGCACCAGGAGGAGUGUGCACUCCUGCGGCGCCUGGGCCUAGGUGAUUCCUCUGAGGAGGCCAGGCAGGAAGAAAAAGUGAUAUGGGAGCGCCUGGCAUCCUUGCCCUGCGAGGAGCGGACCCAGGCGCAGGCGCUGCUGCAACAGGCGCAGAAGACCUUGCACCAGCAGAGGUGUCUGGAGGUGCUGCGCCAAUAUGUGGUGCAGCCGGCAGUUCGGACGAUCCUCGCUAUGGGCCAUAGUGACAUGAAUAGAAAGGUUAUCAUGGCGUUACAAGGGAACGUCGAAAGGGACUCACAGCGCUACAGAGUGAACCAGAAGCACAUCGUGGCGGUGGUGACGAACACCCUGCAGGCGGCCGCCGACCCUGCCCUGGUGCACCGCGUGUGCUCCGUCUGGGACACCAAUGGCUUCGAGGUGCCGCUGGGGUUUGACACGCGCGUGCACGGCCUCUACCCCGUGGCAUCCCUGCUGACCCACGAGUGCCGCGCCAACACUCAGCAGUGGUUCAGUAACCGCGGAGACCUGGUGCUGAGGGCUGUAGACCACAUUCCCGAGGGAGCUAUCGUCACCACCUGCUACACCGACCCCCUGUGGGCCACCAUGCUCCGGCAAGAUCACCUGCGAGUCUCCAAGCAGUUCACCUGCACCUGCAGGCGGUGCCAAGACCCCACCGAGCUGGGAACUUUUCUGGGGUCCCCACUGUGUCCGGGGUGUGGGGGUCCUCUCGUCUCCUCCGCCCCCCUCGACCCCACAGCUGACUGGAGGUGCCACUCAGGGUGCCCACACACCGCCCCCGCCAAAGAGGUGGCCCGGGUGGGAGCCCGGGUGGGGCUGGGCUUGCGAGGCCUCCGUCCCAACGACGCCGAGGCCCUGGAAGCCAUGGCUGACGCCCUGAGGGUCAGCCUCCACCCCACACACCACGUCCUCCUCCAGCUCCACAUGUCCACCCUCAGGACCAUCGUCACCAGGGACCUCACGGAGAUGAGUGACGGUGAGAUCACCACGCUGGCCGCCAUCGCUGACUUGGUGAUGGGAGUGGUGAGGGCCCUGGAGGCUCCGCUCACCAGGCUCACAGUCAGGAUGGCGCGGGAGGAGGUGAGGCUGCAGCUGGAGCUGGCCCGGAGAGCUGUCUCCAGGGGCCACGACCCAGCACCCUCCAGGCGCAGGCUCCAGGCCCUCUCCCAGCAAGUGGCGGACUGCUCGCUGGUGCUCGCUUGGGAUGAACGAAUGCCGUCCUUCCUGCCUGUGCUCCGAGACUACCGCGCCAUCAUGGCCCAGUGACGGACUGGUCACUCUGCCACACAAGCUCUCCAAGGAGCAGCCACAGAGAAACACUGCUAGAGAAAAUUAUAUACUUAUCACGUAGGAACAUUUAUGAAGUUGUCUUGAAGUUUUCGAAGAGCAACAGUGGCGGAGGAAGCCGUUUGUAAGUUUAAGAAGUACAAUGGUAAAUUUGCCAGAGGUUUCAACGAAAGAACAGCGGUGGAAAGGAAAGGAACAAUCAGGAAAAAGCCUCAAGCCAUUACAACUAUAGAGUACUUGGAAGGGGUCAGGAUAAGGAUUAGAGAUGGGAGGGGGGGGGGGAGGAAUGGUGCCCAACCACUUGGACGGUCGGGGAUUGAACGCCGACGUGCAUGACACGAGACCGUCCAGCCCAAGUGGUUGGGUGAAAAGCGGUGGAGAAAACUGUGCACGAGCCGUCAAUAGAAGGUACAGCGACGAGUGUGUGUAAACACAUUCCCAGUGCUCUACAUUCUCAAAGACUCACAAAUUGUGACUCCAGAAUUAGUUCGUGUUCUAUGGUGGGACAGCCUCUAGCCUACUAAUCUAUAUAAGACAUUGGACUCUUUAGAUUAUUCACAAAUUAAAGUCAUCAUAGGCAGCCAGGACUGUUGCUGGGGUGCCUAAAUCUAGGCACUCGCCAGUGAUUUUUGUUAAUAAGUGUAAUAAUUAGCCCAUAGCUGAUAUUUGUACAUGUAGGUCCAGAUAAUGCCUCACUGUGGAGGGUUGCGCUGGCAGCCGUCUUGGGCAGCUUACCCGCACCAAAACUGGACAGAAAGAAGCAAGGUUUGAACGUACAUAGUGUAUGUUGAUGUAAUUAUUCGAGUUAGGCCUAUUAACAUUAGCAUUGCUGUCAAGGAGAAUACGUAUGUCUAACACGACUCUGCAAGAUGCUCUUCGGUAUAUUUACGCUCAUAUUUAUAACUCAUGACAUACAA